AUUGUAUAAUAAUUUUUAUCUUGUACUCUAUUUUUAUAAGUAGAGUGUAAAUGUUAAGAUUCACUCUGCAGAGGAGCAAACUUCUGUUAAUUUGUAUGGGGUGAUGGUUGUUAGAAUGUUUCUAAGUGAGCCUUGAAAGAAAUUUAGAGAUGCAUAGUGUGUGUUCAGUUUUCCCAAUACUUCUGAAAUAUAAGCUGGUUAAAGUCCGUGCUUUAGAAGCAGUUUGCAAUUUACGUACAUACAUGUAAUCUAUAUAUGUACUUGGUUUUGUGUGAGAUUUGUAAAAUAGCCGUUACUUUUUUUGGGUCUAAGCUAAUGAGUAUAUGGGAUCAACUUAUUAAGAAAAGAUUAUAUGUAUUUUAUGAAAGUCUUUCCACCCACUUUCCUUUUAUACUGAUAUUAAUAUUUAUUUUUAUAUAUUUUGCCAAUUUUGGAGAAUGGAAUUGAUGGCAUCAGCAGUUACUUUUUACCUUUUCCUCCCUAAUUUAAUUGCUACUCUGCUCUCUGAAGAUAAUGUUAUGUGAUUGUUUUUUUGUAAGUCCUAAGCAAAUGAAUUGGCUUUGGUUUAGGAACGUGAGUCCAGUCUUCGAUUUUUUAAGGAAGAAAAUAAAAUUUAGUAACUGCGUAUCAUUUUCUGGAAGUGGGUGUGAAAAAUUGAUAUAUUGGAGUAUUAUGUUUUUAAUCAUUUUGUAAAUUAGAAUUGCCCACCAGUAUAAUAUCUCUUUGACUCCUGUGUAUUCCCUCACUCGAUGUAGGCUGACUUGAAUAAGUUUACAUUCCAAUACUGAGAAUUGCAUUCCACUGGGCAGUUCUGACGUACAAGAAGAAUGUGGAGGCCCAUACAAAGGGCAAGCUUAGGGACACUGAUAGAAGAGGCUUCUGUGCUCUGUGACUGCCUUUCGUGGAAAGCUCACACUAGCAGAAAGUGCUCUUGACCCAACUUGGGAGAGGAAAAUGUGGUCACAGAAACUUCAGACAAUUUGGCCUUACAACACCUGCAACACCCUGUCUGGUGUUUCAUUGCCUAUGGGUAUUUACAAAAACUAGUUUUGGCAAGCGUUCUGCAGGAAGUUUUAGGCGUGGCUGUGAAUGCAUUGUUUUAGAACCUUCUGAAAUGAUUGUGGUGGACUAUAUGGAUGAAAAUGAAGAAUAUUUUCAGCGUCAAGCUUCCCAUAGACAGUCUCGAAGGAGAUUUAGAAAAAUCAACCAGAAAGGUGAAAGACAAACAAUUAUUGACACUGUGGAUCCUUAUCCCAUGGGCAAACCUCCUUUGCCUAGAGGCUAUCACACGGAAUGCACUAAAUCUCAGCUUCCUGCAGAUUUCACAAAACUGCAUCUUACUGACAGUCUCCACCCACAGGUGACCCACGUUUCUUCUAGCCAUUCAGGAUGUAGUAUCACUAGUGAUUCUGGAAGCAGCAGUCUUUCUGAUAUCUACCAGGCCACGGAAAGCGAGGCUGGUGAUAUGGACCUGAGUGGGUUGCCAGAAACAGCAGUGGAUUCCGAGGAUGACGAUGAUGAAGAAGACAUUGAGAGAGCAUCAGAUCCUCUGAUGAGUAGGGACAUUGUGAGAGACUGCCUAGAGAAGGACCCAAUUGACCGGACAGAUGAUGACAUUGAACAACUCUUGGAAUUUAUGCACCAGUUGCCUGCUUUUGCCAAUAUGACAAUGUCGGUGAGGCGAGAACUCUGUGCCGUGAUGGUGUUCGCAGUGGUGGAAAGAGCAGGGACCAUAGUGUUAAAUGAUGGUGAAGAGCUGGACUCCUGGUCAGUGAUUCUCAAUGGAUCUGUGGAAGUGACUUAUCCAGAUGGAAAAGCAGAAAUACUGUGUAUGGGAAAUAGUUUUGGUGUCUCUCCUACCAUGGACAAAGAAUACAUGAAAGGAGUGAUGAGAACAAAGGUGGAUGACUGCCAGUUUGUCUGCAUAGCCCAGCAAGAUUACUGCCGUAUUCUCAACCAAGUAGAAAAGAACAUGCAAAAAGUUGAAGAGGAAGGAGAGAUUGUUAUGGUGAAAGAACACCGAGAACUUGAUCGAACCGGAACAAGAAAGGGACACAUUGUCAUCAAGGGUACCUCAGAAAGGUUAACAAUGCAUUUAGUGGAAGAGCAUUCAGUAGUAGAUCCAACAUUCAUAGAAGACUUUCUGUUGACCUAUAGAACUUUUCUUUCUAGCCCAAUGGAAGUGGGCAAAAAGUUAUUGGAGUGGUUUAAUGACCCGAGCCUCAGGGAUAAGGUUACACGGGUAGUAUUAUUGUGGGUAAAUAAUCACUUCAAUGACUUUGAAGGAGACCCUGCAAUGACUCGAUUUUUAGAAGAAUUUGAAAAUAAUCUGGAAAGAGAGAAAAUGGGUGGACACCUAAGGCUGUUAAAUAUUGCAUGUGCUGCUAAAGCAAAAAGAAGAUUGAUGACGUUAACAAAACCAUCCCGAGAAGCUCCAUUGCCUUUUAUCUUACUUGGAGGCUCUGAGAAGGGAUUUGGAAUCUUUGUUGACAGUGUAGAUUCAGGUAGCAAAGCAACCGAAGCAGGCUUGAAACGGGGGGAUCAGAUAUUAGAAGUAAAUGGCCAAAACUUUGAAAAUAUUCAGCUGUCAAAAGCCAUGGAAAUUCUUAGAAAUAACACACAUUUAUCUAUCACUGUGAAAACCAAUUUAUUUGUAUUUAAAGAACUACUAACAAGGUUGUCAGAAGAGAAAAGAAAUGGUGCCCCCCACCUUCCUAAAAUUGGUGACAUCAAAAAGGCCAGUCGCUACUCCAUUCCAGAUCUUGCUGUAGAUGUAGAACAGGUGAUAGGACUUGAAAAAGUGAACAAAAAAAGUAAAGCCAACACUGUUGGAGGAAGGAACAAGCUGAAAAAGAUACUCGACAAGACUCGGAUCAGCAUCUUGCCACAGAAACCAUACAAUGAUAUUGGGAUUGGCCAAUCUCAAGAUGACAGCAUAGUAGGGCUAAGGCAGACAAAGCACAUCCCAACUGCAUUGCCUGUCAGUGGAACCUUAUCAUCCAGUAAUCCUGAUUUAUUGCAGUCACAUCAUCGCAUUUUAGACUUCAGUACUACUCCUGACUUACCAGAUCAAGUGCUAAGAGUUUUUAAGGCUGAUCAGCAAAGCCGCUACAUCAUGAUCAGUAAGGACACUACAGCAAAGGAAGUGGUCAUUCAGGCUAUCAGGGAGUUUGCUGUUACUGCCACCCCAGAUCAGUAUUCGCUAUGUGAGGUCUCUGUCACACCUGAGGGAGUAAUCAAACAAAGAAGACUUCCAGAUCAGCUUUCCAAACUUGCUGAUAGAAUACAACUGAGUGGAAGGUAUUAUCUGAAAAACAAUAUGGAAACAGAAACUCUUUGUUCAGAUGAAGAUGCUCAGGAGUUGUUGAGAGAGAGUCAAAUUUCCCUCCUUCAGCUCAGCACUGUGGAAGUUGCCACACAGCUCUCUAUGCGAAAUUUUGAACUCUUUCGAAACAUUGAACCUACUGAAUAUAUAGAUGAUUUAUUUAAACUCAGAUCAAAAACCAGCUGUGCCAACCUGAAGAGAUUUGAAGAAGUCAUUAACCAGGAAACAUUUUGGGUAGCAUCUGAAAUUCUGAGAGAAACAAACCAGCUGAAGAGGAUGAAGAUCAUUAAGCAUUUCAUCAAGAUAGCACUGCACUGUAGGGAAUGCAAGAAUUUUAACUCAAUGUUUGCAAUCAUUAGUGGCCUAAACCUGGCACCAGUGGCAAGACUGCGAACGACCUGGGAGAAACUUCCCAAUAAAUAUGAAAAACUAUUUCAAGAUCUCCAAGACCUGUUUGAUCCUUCCAGAAACAUGGCAAAAUAUCGCAAUGUUCUCAAUAGUCAAAACUUACAACCUCCCAUAAUCCCACUAUUUCCAGUUAUCAAGAAGGAUCUCACCUUCCUUCACGAAGGAAAUGACUCAAAAGUAGAUGGGCUGGUCAAUUUUGAGAAGCUAAGGAUGAUUGCGAAAGAAAUUCGUCACGUUGGCCGAAUGGCUUCAGUGAACAUGGACCCUGCCCUCAUGUUCAGGACUCGGAAGAAGAAAUGGCGGAGUUUGGGGUCUCUCAGCCAGGGUAGUACAAAUGCAACAGUGCUAGAUGUUGCUCAGACAGGUGGUCAUAAAAAGCGGGUACGUCGUAGUUCCUUUCUCAAUGCCAAAAAGCUUUAUGAAGAUGCCCAAAUGGCUCGAAAAGUGAAGCAGUACCUUUCCAAUUUGGAGCUAGAAAUGGAUGAGGAGAGUCUCCAGACAUUAUCUCUGCAGUGUGAGCCAGCAACCAACACAUUGCCUAAGAAUCCUGGUGACAAAAAGCCUGUCAAAUCUGAGACCUCUCCAGUAGCUCCAAGGGCAGGGUUACAACAGAAAGUUCAGUCCCUGCCACAGCCCCAGCAGCAGCCACCACCACCACAUAAAAUCAACCAGGGGCUGCAGGUUCCCGCUGUGUCCCUUUAUCCUUCCCGGAAGAAAGUGCCCGUAAAGGAUCUCCCACCUUUUGGCAUAAACUCUCCACAAGCUUUAAAGAAAAUUCUUUCUUUGUCUGAAGAAGGAAGUUUGGAACGUCACAAGAAACAAGCUGAAGAUACAAUAUCAAAUGCGUCUUCACAGCUUUCUUCUCCUCCUACUUCUCCACAGAGUUCUCCAAGGAAAGGCUAUACUUUGGCUCCCAGUGGUACUGUGGAUAAUUUUUCAGAUUCUGGUCACAGUGAAAUUUCUUCACGAUCCAGUAUUGUCAGCAAUUCUUCUUUCGACUCAGUGCCAGUCUCACUGCACGAUGAGAGGCGUCAGAGGCAUUCUGUCAGCAUUGUGGAAACAAACUUAGGGGUGGGCAGAAUGGAGAGGCGGACCAUGAUGGAACCUGAUCAAUAUAGCUUGGGGUCCUAUGCACCAAUGUCUGAGGGCCGAGGCUUAUAUGCUACAGCUACAGUAAUUUCUUCUCCAAGCACAGAGGAACUUUCCCAGGAUCAGGGGGAUCGUGCAUCACUUGAUGCUGCCGACAGUGGCCGUGGGAGCUGGACGUCAUGCUCAAGUGGCUCCCAUGAUAACAUACAGACCAUCCAGCACCAGAGAAGCUGGGAGACUCUACCAUUCGGGCACACUCACUUUGAUUAUUCAGGGGAUCCUGCAGGUUUAUGGGCAUCAAGCAGCCAUAUGGACCAAAUUAUGUUUUCUGAUCAUAGCACAAAGUAUAAUAGGCAAAAUCAAAGUAGAGAGAGUCUUGAUCAAGCUCAGUCUCGAGCAAGCUGGGCAUCUUCCACAGGUUAUUGGGGAGAAGACUCAGAAGGUGACACAGGCACAAUAAAGCGGAGGGGGGGAAAGGACGUUUCCAUUGAAGCCGAAAGCAGUAGCAUAACGUCUGUGACCACAGAAGAAACCAAGCCCGUCCCCAUGCCUGCCCACAUAGCUGUGGCAUCAAGUACUGCAAAGGGGCUCAUUGCACGAAAGGAGGGCAGGUAUCGAGAGCCCCCGCCCACCCCUCCGGGCUACAUUGGAAUUCCCAUUACUGACUUUCCAGAAGGGCAUUCCCAUCCAGCCAGGAAACCUCCGGACUACAAUGUGGCCCUUCAGAGAUCGAGGAUGGUCGCACGAUCCUCCGACACAGCGGGGCCUUCAUCUGUACAGCAACCACAUGGGCAUCCCACCAGCAGCAGGCCUGUGAACAAACCUCAGUGGCAUAAACCUAACGAGUCCGACCCGCGCCUCGCCCCCUAUCAGUCUCAAGGGUUUUCCACCGAGGAGGAUGAAGAUGAACAAGUUUCUGCUGUUUGAGGCACAGGCUUUUCUGGAUCCAGAGCGAGCCACCUGAAAGGAGAGCACAAGAAGACGUCCCGAGCAUUGGAGCCUUGGAACUCACAUUCUGAGGAUGGUGGACCAGUUUGCCUCCUUCCCUGCCUUAAAGCAGCAUGGGGCUUCUUCUCCCCUUCUUCCUUUCCCUUUUGCAUGUGAAAUACUGUGAAGAAAUUGCCCUGGCACUUUUCAGACUUUGUUGCUUGAAAUGCACAGUGCAGCAAUCUUCGAGCUCCCACUGUUGCUGCCUGCCACAUCACACAGUAUCAUUCCAAAUUCCAAGAUCAUCACAUCAAGAUAAUUCCCUCUGGCUGCACUUCUCAAUGCCUGGAAGGAUUUUUUUAAAUCUUCCUUUUAGAUUUCAAUCCAGUCCUAGCACUUGAUCUCAUUGGGAUAAUGAGAAAAGCUAGCCAUUGAACUCCUUGGGGCCUUUAACCCACCAAGGAAGACAAAGAAAAACAAUGAAAUCCUUUGAGUACAGUGCUUGUCCACUUGUUUACAAUGUCCUCCUUUUUUUAAAAAAAAAAAAAAAAUUAGUUUAAAGAUUGUGUUCAGAGAGUAAAUGUUAUAUCCAUUUAAUGAUUACAGUAUUAUUUUAAACUUUAAGUAGGGUUGCCAGCCUGGUUUCUGAAAAACCAAAUAUGCCGGACAGGGUGUGGCCACACCAAGAUGACGGGAAGACCUGGCUUGUGACCUUGGCUUCCCAUGUCCUUCUGGUCUCACCCGUGAAGUGCCCUAUCCUGGAAGUAUGAAAUGUUAGCCAAUUAAUACCAAGACACCUCAUCUGCUCCUUCCCUAGUGGAUGGGGUUCUUUUGUAAAACUGUUUGCACAUGGCCAGGGGAGGGAAAUGGGACCCUUGUGUCCUGUCUGAGCCUUAUGGAGGCAGGACGGUGUCAUUGGAGGAUGUGUCCUGCUCCAUUGAGAUGGAUGGCAAACCCCAUUUUUAAGUUAUAUUUCUUUGAUUUUUGUUUAAAUUUAGAGGUUUAGGUUUUGUUUUUUGUUUUUGUUUUUAAGAGAAACAUUUAUAACUGGAUAGCGUUGCAGUGAAAGCAGCUUGGGAUGUUGGGGCUAAUGCCAGCUGUUUAUACUGCUCUUUCAAGACAGCCUCCCUUUAUUGAAUUGGCAUUAGGGAAUAAACAAGCCUUUAAACGUGAUAAAAGAUCAAAAACCUGGUUAGAUAUGCCAGCCUUUGCAGGGCAGGUUAGUCACCAAAGACUAACCUCCAAGUGGCUUUAAGGACACUGCAUAUAGAGAAGGCCUAAGUGUAGCAACCAUCUGCUCACAGCUGCUAUUAACCCUAUAAUGACUGAAAUGACCCCUCCACUCUAUUUUUGUGUUGUUUUUGCACAGACUCCGGAAAAGUGAAGGCUGCCAAUCUGAGUAGUACUCAAAUGUGAGGAACUGCUGGUCUUGGAUUUUUUUUCCAUUAAAUUCAGCUGAUCAUAUUGAUCAGUAGAUAAACGUAAAUAGCUUCAAAUUUUAAAAGUGGAAUUGCAGUGUUUUUUCACUGUAUCAAACAAUGUCAGUGCUUUAUUUAAUAAUUCUCUUCUGUAUCAUGGCAUUUGUCUACUUGCUUAUAUAUUACAUUGUCAAUUAUGCAUUUGUAAUUUUACAUGUAAUAUGCAUUAUUUGCCAGUUUUAUUAUAUAGGCUAUGGACCUCAUGUGCAUAUAGAAAGACAAAUCUAGCUCUACCACAAGUUGCACAAAUGUUAUCUAAGCAUUAAGUAAUUGUAGAACAUAGGACUGCUAAUCUCAGUUCUCUCUGUGAUGUCAAGUGCAGAAUGUACAAUUAACUGGUGAUUUCCUCAUACUUUUGAUACUACUUGUACCUGUAUGUCUUUUAGAAAGACAUUGGUGGAGUCUGUAUCCCUUUUGUAUUUUUAAUACAAUAAUUGUACAUAUUGGUUAUAUUUUUGUUGAAGAUGGUAGAAAUGUACUAUGUUUAUGCUUCUACAUCCAGUUUGUACAAGCUGGAAAAUAAAUAAAUAUAACAUAAAGCCUUG